UUAAGACAAACCCUCUUCCAAGCUGCACCAAACUCAAGCCUUUGUCCUUCUGAAUGCGGGGCUCCCCUUCCGAAUACAGAGGAGUCCACUCGCAUUUAGAAGCACAUCCUGAGGCGUCUCAGCGCCUAAGCAAGACGAGCAGGACAGCAAUGGCGGCUCGACAGAGGGCCGGGGACUACAGAGGUUUCGUGCUGCUCUCCAUCCUCUUGGGGACCCCGUGGAAAAUUCGGGCCGAACAGAUCCGCUACUUGGUGCCAGAGGAGCUGGAGAAAGGUUCCUUCGUGGGCAACAUCUCCAAGGACCUGGGGCUGGAGCCCCGGGAGCUGGCGGAGCGCGGAGUCCGCAUCGUCUCCCGAGGUAGGACGCAGCUUUUCGCUCUGAACCCGCGAGGCGGCAGCUUGGUCACCGCGGGCAGGAUAGACCGGGAGGAGCUCUGCGCCCAGAGGGCGCAGUGUCUGGUGAGGUUGAGCAUCUUGGUGGAAGACAAAAUGAAUCUUUACCCUAUAGAAGUGGAAAUAAUGGAUAUUAAUGACAACGCUCCUAGAUUCUUGACGGAAGAACUAAAUGUAAAAAUAAUGGAAAAUACAGCUCUUGGGGUGCGGUUUCCGUUAAACGAGGCUGGGGAUCCAGAUGUGGGCACGAACUCUCUCCAGCGAUACCAGCUUAGCCCCAAUCGCCACUUCUCCCUGGUUGUGCAAAGUGGAGAGGAUGGAACUAAGUACCCGGAACUGGUUUUGGAGAGGCUGUUGGAUCGAGAGGAAGAGGCGAUUCACCACCUGGUCCUCACCGCCUCUGACGGCGGCAACCCGCCCCGAUCAGGCACCGCACGCAUCCAGGUAACGGUGGUGGAUGUGAAUGAUCACGCGCCUGUCUUCUCUCUGCCCCAGUACCAAGUGACUGUCCCUGAGAAUGUGCCCGUGGGUACAAGACUGCUCACCGUAAAUGCUAUCGACCUGGAUGAGGGCGUCAAUGGGGAAGUGACGUAUUCUUUUCGAAAAAUAACUCCCAAACUUCGACAAAUAUUCCAUCUGAACUCCCUCACAGGAGAAUUAUCAACUUCAGAAGGACUGGAUUAUGAAGAGUCCAGCUUCUACGAAAUGGAAGUUCAGGCUCAAGACGGUCCUGGUAGUCUGGCAAAGGCGAAAGUACUGAUCACAGUUUUAGAUGUGAACGACAAUGCUCCAGAAGUGACGGUGAUGUCGUUAAGCAGCUCAGUCCCUGAAGACACACCUCCUGGGACAGUAAUUGCUCUUUUCUACCUCCAAGAUAGAGAUUCUGGAAAGAAUGGCGAAGUGAUCUGCACCAUUCCGGAAAAUUUCCCUUUUAAGUUAGAAAAAUCAGUGAAGAAUUAUUAUAGACUGGUCACAGCCAAAAAUCUGGACCGGGAAAAACUCUCUGUGUAUAACAUCACACUGAAAGCCACAGACGGUGGAACUCCUCCUCUGUCGAGAGAAACUCACAUCUCCAUGCAGGUGGCCGACACCAAUGACAACCCACCCAGUUUCCCCCACUCAUCCUAUUCAGUCUACAUCCCUGAGAACAAUCCCAGAGGGGCCUCCAUCUUUGUGGUGACUGCACAGGACCCCGACAGUGACGAGAAUGCGCAAGUCACUUAUUCCUUGGCCGAAGACACCAUCCAGGGGUCACCAGUGUCCUCCUAUGUCUCCAUCAACUCUGACACUGGAGUGCUGUAUGCUCUGCAAUCCUUUGACUAUGAGCAGUUUAGAGACCUGCAACUGCAAGUGACAGCACAUGACAGCGGGAACCCACCCCUCAGCAGCAAUGUGACGCUGAGCCUGUUUGUGCUGGACCAGAAUGACAAUGCACCUGAGAUCCUGUACCCCACCCUUCCCACAGAUGGUUCCACUGGUGUGGAGCUGGCACCCCGCUCUGCAGAGCCUGGCUACCUGGUGACCAAGGUGGUGGCGGUGGACAGAGACUCAGGCCAGAAUGCCUGGCUGUCCUAUCGCCUGCUCAAGGCCAGCGAACCUGGACUCUUCGUGGUGGGACUGCACACGGGUGAGGUGCGCACGGCACGGGCCUUGCUGGACAGAGAUGCACUCAAGCAGAGUCUCGUGGUGGCCAUCCAGGACCACGGCCAGCCCCCUCUCUCAGCCACUGUCACGCUCACUGUGGCAGUGGCCGACAGUAUCCCCGAAGUCUUGGCAGAUCUGGGCAACCUCGAGACCUCUGCUAACCCAGACGAUUCGAGUCUCACGCUCUAUCUGGUGGUGGCCCUGGCCGCCGUCUCCUGUAUCUUCCUUGCCUUUGUCAUCAUGCUUCUGGCCCUAAGGCUGUGGCGCUGGCACAAAUCACGUUUGCUUCAGGCUACAAGUGGUGGGUUGGCAGGGAUGCCUGCCUCACACUUUGUGGGUGUGGAUGGAGUGCAGGCUUUCCUGCAGACCUAUUCCCAUGAGGUGUCCCUCACUGCAGACUCGCGAAAGAGUCACCUGAUCUUUCCCCAACCCAACUACGCGGACACACUCAUCAGCCAGGAGAGCUGUGAGAAAAAGGAUCCUUUGUUAACAUCCAUAGAUUUUCACGAAUGUAAGGAUGAAACCUCAAGUAUUCAGGUGAGCUCAGGCCUUCCUUUAUUUAUACAAGGUAUUAAUUUUGCAUGAUAUUUCUCUAUUGUUUUGCAAAACAAGCACUUUAAAGAUAGGGAUUUUAAGAACGUUAAAGAGAUUUUUUUAAAGUUUACUGGUUUAUUUCCG